CUGCUUAUCUGCUUGUGGCGGCAUGACUAGAAAAAGAUGUGCUGGCGAGGGGAUUCAGGCGUAGUCGCUCGCUGACUCUCGUGCUGAGAGGUUCCGUUCCCUACUCGAAUCGAGCUGAAUGCUUGAUGGGACCGGCAUGUCCACGGCUAUUGUGUCUUCGUUCUUUGAUGUGAACGACGCCUUUUACAAGGGCUCGACCAUGCCCAGCUCGCCACAAUUCUCCAAAGUUGUGGGAUGGGGCAGUCCGUUGGGUCGUCGCAGCUCCAACCCCGUGGCUGGAGGGCUGAAGCAUCACAACAGUCACCACCACCACCACCACAACAACAACAAUGUCAUGUGCAACAACAACAGCCUUGGACCUCCCGCGCCCUCUGCAGUAGCAGCUCAUCGGAAGCUGGAUCGCUGCCACAGUGAGCCUGUGCAUAAAAACAACGGUGUCGAGAAGCCUCGAGGAGCCAACAUCAACUCGUCACGAUAUAAGACAGAGCUGUGUCGGCCGUUCGAGGAAAAUGGGCAUUGUAAGUACGGUGAGAAAUGCCAGUUUGCGCACGGGAUCGGCGAGAUCCGUACGCUGGCUCGUCAUCCCAAGUACAAGACUGAACUGUGUCGCACCUUCCACACGAUCGGCUUCUGUCCCUACGGGCCGAGGUGUCAUUUCAUUCACAACGCCGAAGAGGCGCGGCCGAAGCCAGUGCCCAACAGCAACAAUAGCUGUUCCCGGCCUCGACCCCUCAGUCUGAGUUCUACUCCUUCACCCACGUCCUCACUCUCCGAGUCUCCGACCUCACUUCAGAGCUUCUUUGGGGCAGGGGAAGGGGAUUUCUACUCGCCGUUCUCUCCGACGGGGGGAUUCUUCAACGUUGCUUCGUCUCGCCUGCCCCCAGCGCCCCCACAGGGCAACUUCAACAACUAUGGCGGGGUGGCGGCGAUGAACGCGAGGAACGAGUUGUCGCAUCGCGUCGAUCCCCCGACUCCCCCGUUGAUCCCUCUCCUCGACACUCCACCUUCGCCGGUGGGAUCCCUCGGCUCUGACCUCGAUGCCUUGACCCUCUCUGACCAUUGCCCUUCCCGAUCCCUUCGUCUUCCCGUCUUCUCCCGACUCGCCUUGGAUGCCGACCGCUGAGACUCACGGCCAACAGUCAUUUCAUUCAUUCCUUUUUUUUUUUCUUCCUUUCAAUCCAUUAUGCCGGUAUCGGCUGCAUUAGCGUGUCUGUCUUCCUUAUGCUCAAGGACUGUGGACCAAAAGAUAUUUCUCAUCCCUUUCAGUGAAAUUCAUAUCCGAUAGCGGGACCAAAUUAUUCCACAUGCCAUGAAUGUAGCCAGCAGUGUGAAUAUGCUAUAUUAGCAGUGUUUGCACGGGCAUAGCUGUCUCUAUUUUUUUCUCUUUCUUGAACCAGGGCAGGAACUGUGCCUUGAAAAACAAAAAAAUGUGUAGGUGUCUUGGUGAGUGAGUGUGGAUCUGCCUAUCUUUGGCUUUUUUUUUCUUACUGCUUCCAGUUAUUUAUGAAAGGGAAUCGAGCGUGAGCACAAGAAUAUUCUGGUCUCAAGUGACGAUAGGGCUGCGCGAAGGAGUGAGCUCCCUGCAUUCGCUAUAAUAAUCGUGAUAUAUACGAUAUAGUCAUGUAAAGGUUUUUUUUUUUCAUAAGCGGCAGUGUCUGUUGUGUCGUGCCUUGAGUGGGCCCCCCCAUAAGUGCCUCCAUUUUUAAUUUUUUCGCCCCCCUCACUCACCAUGCUCGAGAUAAGUCAUGGCCUUGUCCAAACGUCUUUUCUUCACCCUAUCACGUAGCCAAGUUUGCCAAAGUACAAAGUCCUCUGGCCACGGGUUUCCUGCGUGUUAAACAGGUCGAUAUCGAAGCGUUCCAUUGGCGGAAUCCCCCGUUCAUUCACUGAGGGUCGACGCGGGAGGUAUUUCUGUUUCUCUAUCCAGUAUGACUUGUUUCCCUUUUUUUUCUGCUGUUAGAGCCCAUCUUGUGUAUUUAUACUGAUUAUUUAUUUUACAUUAGUUAAAUCAUUAUGCGUUUUGUGUGUAUUUAUCUAAUAGGAAGAGCUGAGAGGUAUUAUCUGCGAGUAUUCCACUUUCAGUUGUGCUCCAUUACUCCACCCAUUUUUUUGUCUUUUGUUCAGACAACACUGGUAAUAUUGGGAUUACGUCCGGGAUUAAAAACGAGUUUUGUUCUGACUGAUUUAGUUUUUUGGUAACUAGCUUAGAUCCUCAUGGAUGUCGAUCGUGGUGUUUCUCAAAAUUGACUCAAGAAUUUUUCUCCCUUAUGUGUCUCAGUGCAUAGUUGGAACUCCUAGUUUUCCAAUAAAGGUCCAAGUCUCGAUGA